UUAAAUAAAAAAAUAAAAAAAUAAAAUAAAAAUAAAAUAAAAUAAAAAAUAAAAAAAAAUAAAAAAAAUAAAAUAAAAUAACAAACCUGACAGAACAAUCAGGACUCUUCUGCCUUGUAUUUAGCAAACAUCAACUGCUUGUAUUGUUUUUUGAAUUUGCUCAUCUCUGUACAUUGUUUGAGUUCUUUACUCAAUCCGUUCCAUAAUUUAAUUCCACACACGGAAAUGCUGUGGGUUUUCAGCGUUGUUCUCGCAUAUAAAUGUUUUAGGUUUAAUUUUCCUCUAAGAUCAUAUUUCUCCUCUCUGAUUGAGAAAUACUUAAUUAGAUUUUUGGGUAACGAGUUAUUAUUAACUUUAUACAUUAUUCUAGCGGUUUGAAAGUGUACUAAAUCUGCGAAUUUUAAUAUCUGUGAUUUUAAAAAUAAAGGGUUUGUAUGUUCUCUAUACUUGGCAUUAUGAAUUAUCCUCACCGAUCUUUUUUGCAGUACAGUGAGUGAGUGAAGAUUGCUUUUGUAAUUAUUUCCCCAUAUCUCCACACAAUACGUUAGAUAUGGUAAUACUAAGGAACAGUACAGAGUGUGGAGUGAUUUUUGAUCAAGAACAUAUUUUGCUUUAUUCAAUAUAGAGAUAUUUCUCGCCACCUUUUGCUGUAUAUAUUUAAUAUGAGAUUUCCAACUCAUUUUUUCAUCUAUUAUAACCCCAAGGAAUUUAUAUUCUUCCACUUUUUCAAUAUCCGUUCCAACUGAAAGUGGAAGUUACGUCGCCUGUCUAGGAUGUCUUCAGAGGUUGACUAUCAAAAAUGUUAACAUAAAACAUGUUUCUUCCUGUUUCUUAAAUUCAGUAGUGUUUCUCACCUCAAUACUAUAAGCCAAAAUGCAGCCAAACAUUUUGGGUAAUAGUAUUGAGGUGAGAAACACUAUUGAAUUUAAGUAACAGGAAGGUGGCUGUGGUUGAUCUCGCUUCCACAUCGUGUCUUUGGGAAUAGUUGUCAAGAAUCACAUCUUCAAUGAAGGUAAAAGUAUCCUUAAAUGUUCAUUUAUCCCUUUCAUUCAUCAUUUAUAUCUAUUUAUAUGCAUUUAGAUUAGUUUUAUGCAUGUCAAACUAUAAUUGUAAAACUACUGUUUUGUGUUAACAUUUUUGGCUUUCUGGAACGGAUUCAUUGGGUUCACAUUAUUUCUUAUGGGAAAAAUGUAUUUGCUUAGCAUCCGUUUUGGUGAGAGACCUUCUGAAACGAAUUCAUGAUGCUAACCAAGGUUCUGCUGUAAUUAUAAAGUUGCCUUCCAACUAUCAGUUAACCCGGCAAUGUCAUCCCAAACAGUCAUUCAAAGAGGUCAGCCCUGGAGCUUUUGUUCUUGUCUUUCAAAGUUGACUUUGUUGUUAAUACUCCUUCAUAAUGACCCUCACACAUAAUGUGGUUGUAAGGAUGUGUUGGACGUGCUUGUGUUAAAUGUAUUAAAAAACACACACGCACACACAUUUUUUUUUCAUUGAAGCAAACAAUUACAUUAGAUUUAGGGUUGCUUCGCCUCCAAAUAAAAAUAUGAAAAAUAAUAAAUAAUGAAGUACAGGAAACUUUGGAAAUCCAGUAACAAUCGUUACCUUUCGUGUCCGCCACUGUCAUUAUUAAUCAUCACCAUAAUAAUUAGGGUGGGAAGCGCCUUGUAGGCCUUCUCUUGCUUGUAAGACACACCAGCUUCAAAGCAAGAAGUUAGGCUAUAGAUAUGAGGCCAAACUACUCCAUGUACUGUAAAUAAAACAUUAAGUUCAUUAUGUAUUGAUGUCUAAAAAUCAUGUGGUGUCUAAUCAUCACGAUUAUCAUUGACAUGAAUUUGUGAGUGCAAGGUUUUGUGUGCCACAACUGAACAUGAACUGAACAUUGUACAGUUACACAGUUUACUUUUUUAUUUCGUUCUGUAUGGUGGAUUACUCGUAAUAGAGUACCACAGAGCCUGCACACCUGUUACUGGGUCAACGACAAUGGUAACUAGUACAUUAGUAAUUAACAGUGCUUGCUUUAUGUGUGGUGUCCAAAAGUGCAGCCUUAGGGCCAUUUGCGGCCCGCAGCUUUUUUUGUUAUUGGCCAGCGGCACAUUAUAAAAAUAUAACUUAACAAGAAAACAAAAAAAAACAGCGAAAAUGUAAAAGUCGGCAGUAAUUUCACAAGGAUAAAAACAAAAUAAUAGAAAAAAAAAUUGUAAUUUUAAAAGAAUAAGUCUUAUUUUACGAGAUAAAGUUAAUAACAGCGGCAUAAUGGCAUAAUAUUGUGGGGAAAAAUAACGUGUUUUAGUAGCAUAAAGUUGAAAUAUUAAAGAUUUUAUUAAAAGUCGGAAUAUUUGGAAAAACAUGCGUUGUUAUUCAGUCAUUGACAACACAACUGAACACAAAAUGCACUUUUAAAAUCAAACUUUUUUAUUAUUAAGGGAGAAAAACAUAUCCAAACCUACAUGGCCCUGUGUGAAAAAGUGAUUGUCUCAAAUUUGCCAGAAAACAUCUUAAUGAUCUCCAAGACCUCCAAGACCUUGUCUCCAAGACAAGUUUUUGGAAGGUGUGUGUCCGAUUACAUCUGGCGUAAAAGUAGUGCCGCAUUUCAGAAAAAUGACAUCAUCCCAACAGUUAAAUAUGCUGGUGGUAGUGUGAUGGCCUGAGGAUGUUUUUCUGCUUCAGGACCUGGAAGACUUGCUGUGAUAAAUGGAACCACCAGUAAGUCCACCUCUGAAUGGCUGAAGAAAAACAAAUUGAAGACUUGAAUUGACUUUGGAGUGGCCUGGUCAAAGACCUGACGUGAAUCCUAUUGAGAUGCUGUGGCAAUAUUUAUCUUGGUACUCGCUUAUGUUGCUUGCUGUUUAAAUACUAGUGGGGGUGUGUUGAGUUAUUGUCAGUGGACAGCAAACCCGCUGCUUUCCAAGCCGUGCAAGUUGUAGCCAAGUUUAAUUCAUAGAGUUGUCCCUUGAAAAUGUAUAAUAAAUGGUUGUUGAAAUGUGAGGAGUGUACUCACCUUUGUGAGAAAACAUACAUAUAAUAUUGAACUUUAUUAAUUAGCAAUAUGUUGAAGCAAAAACCCAUUCGCCUAUUAAAAAGAACAAUAGACAGUUUCGAGUACUCUAUCAUUAACAAGCUUAGCCUCCUUGCAAAGCAUUAUUCAACAUUCUCUAAGUUUAGAAGGUUUCUGAGAUUGGAGGUGUUGAAGCUCUACCAUGCUUCAGCUCUGGUAGGGGGCACAGCUGUCACUGCCUGAGGGGUCAAACUCCUAACUAUAACCUGUCAGGAGACAAAUUAGUCCAAUAAAAAUAGGCUUAUCAUCUAGAGAGAAAGGGUAACUUUUGCCAUUUGUAGCCAUUUGUCACAGCUGCAAAAUCUGAAAUAUGAAUUAUCAGAUAGCCUUGUAUUCCUUGUCAUGUAAGAAUAGUUGGUCAUUCAUAAUCAUUUGGCCUUUGAUUUCACCGUAUCUUAUUGUUCAUGAAUUUGAAAGGGUUUUGCUGACCUUUGCUGACUAUUGCUUGGCACUGGAAUCAAAAUGGAGGCCACGUGCGCAGUACCAAUAGAGCCCAGCCUGGGAGGCCUCUAAAGUGGGCCAGCCGCCAGCCAACAUCAGUAUGUGGUGACAGGUCUAUUCUGGGACUUGUGAAGGUCUGAAACAUUGUAGUAAAUGUGCACCCUUAACCAGGAAUCUUUGUCUUACCUUUAUCAGCUGGCUACUCCUGCAAAGUCGCAUACAUUUGUUAUUUUUUAUUAUAUUAUACAGGCCGCAUGGAGGCCUAGUGGUUAGCAUGUUGGCCACACAGUCAACAUGCAGUCAACACUGUGGGUGUGUGUGCGUGGGUUUUGUCCGGGUACUCUGGUUUCCUCCCACAUUCCAAAAAUAUGCAUGUUAAGUUAAUUGGCGACUCUAAAUUGUCCAUAAGUAUGAAUGUGAGUGUGGUUGUUUGUCUAUAAGUGGCCUGCAAUUGGCUGGCGACCGUUCCCGGGUGUACCCUGCCUCUCGCCCAAAGUCAGCUGGGGAAGACUCCAGCAUACCCGCGAACCUAACUGAUGACAAAAGGCAUAGAAAAUGGAUGGAUAUUAUACAUUUUAGUAUAUUUAAUAUUUGUAUGCUAUAUGGCUGAUGAAGCCUGAACAAACUCACUGUUGGGUGGUCAGGGGUACUUUGUGAAUUCGGAUAUUCAUCUCAGAGAGCCAUGUCUGUGAUGCAAAUACCCUCACAUCAGAUAGCUCUCGGCUCUCAACUAUAUUUAAAAUAUGCAUAUUAUCUGUGAUGAUUUGUGUAUUUGUUUUGCAUACAAAAACACAAAGCAGACUUUUUGCAAUUUCAUCUGCCUCAAGGUAAUUGCAGCAUGUUAAUGCGAAUCGGUUUUGUAAUUCUGAGGAACACCCGACGUGUAAAGAUAUCUGAGAAACCCUUUGUUUGCAGACUGCUCCUCCCAUUUUAUGGUUUGAAUCAUUAACCCAACAAUUAAGUUGGCUAUUUUGUAACACCUUUAACAAAGGAGGCACAUACCGACAUGGACCGUCCUUUUUUUUGCAGUAGGAGGGCGAAGGUUGUAGCACUUUGCUGUAGUGCUAAGUGCAUUUUUGUUGACAUCAUCAUAAAAUGCACAGUCCAACACCAACACAAUACCACCUGCUCAUGCUGUCAUCAUGAGCAAGUGUCUGAACACCUGCCUGACCACUACACAAACAGGAACAGAAAACAAAUGAAAGUUGGGGAUUUUGCAGCUUCCAUGUCUUGGAAGCCUUUUCAGUAUGGUUUUUAUUUUUUGUUUUUUUGUCUUAUUUAUCCUGAGGAACACUUUUGGCUACUAACUUGAUAAUCUACUGUUGCACUCAAAAAUUAUUCAACCCCCAAUAUCAAUGACAUUUACUUUGCACUGUAUGUGCAUGAAAAAUGAGUGGCUCCAGGCCAGGUUGGAUUUAAUCCAACUGGUCAUCUCUCUUUUUAAGAUUAGUUCAGUUCAUCUCAUCUUGUUUUUUUGAUGUGAUUGACGUGAAGAAAGGUUGUUCCACAACAAACCUAUCCAACCAUGCAUUCGUGGAUCUUGCUUUGUGCACACCUUGCUUGAAAAAAAUUGCAUUUUCCAAGAGUUGUAUAAUUUUACUGUUUAAUUUUUGUCCAUAAAAAGACUUUCUGACCUCUAGGACAUUAUACAGUAUUCCCUCACUCAAUUCUGGUUCACCUUUCGUGGAUUCGCCAUUUCGCGAAAUUAUUUCUUGCUUUUUUUUUUUUUAUGACAGCGUUUCAACGCUGUUACAGGCCGAGCCUGGCCCUUUAAGAAGUGGGAACUUGAGUGACUAUCUCUUCCCUUUCUCGGCUGUCUGCACCACCCAUUGUUUUCUGCAUCCUGAUUGGCUGUAGACCAUUGUCAAUCAAUCUCCUUCAUGCUGUCCUGCCAUAUCUCCGGUGUCAUCGCUAGCUUGGGGUUUUAGAGCCUUAAAAUAUAUAAAAUAAUUUUAAAACAAUUAAUGUGGAUACUUUGCUGAUUUCAGCAAUUGCGGGUUAUUUUGGAAACCUAUCCCCCACGAUAAACGAGGAAACACUGUAUAUGGCAAAACCUUAACUUCGGGAAAAAAAUGUGAUAGAAGCGAAAGUCUGACUAUGUGCUAACAGUGUGUCGGCCCACCUUGUUGUUGCAAAUGAUCUCCUGGCUAAAUGACAGGGUUGUAGUCCAGCAGUCCCAAAGCAUCGAUUUAUGGCUUGCCGGUCCAGUGCUGCACUCACAAAAAGCUAAUUUGACUGUUGCCUUGGUAAAUAUAAUAAAAACAGUUUUCCUCUAGUGCCUGAAUGCGUAAUAGUGCUUGUGGUUUCAAACACAAGGAGGAAUGCAUGUUUUUAUAGCCGCUCGCUGUAAUUUCGCAACUGCUGUCUAUUAUGAGCUUUUCAUGACUCAGUCAGUGAACAUGCACUUUCUUGCGCUACCCGAUGGUCGCUUUACCUUUGCUUCUAACUGGACUCUGUCCAUGAGAAGUCACUAUUAGAGACAGAGAGACGGACGGGAGACAGAUGCGCCGGAGAGAGAAGUGAACUAGGGAUAGAAAUCUGAUAUCAUGUCACUGCAAGGGCUGAAAAGGUUGGCCAUAAUGCACGGUUCUUUUUAUAGUUAUGCAAGGGAGUUCUUAGAUCAUUUGGGGCAUGAUGUUCUAAUGUUAGCCAGUAACACGUCUCUAAGGUGCAUUACCAUGUGUUACAUCAUUUUAAUAAACUGCAAAAGGUUUGCUGAUUUUUCACGAUGCGUAUCAUAUAUAUGCAAUGUAACAUUUAAACAGAGUAUAUACAGUAGAACAGUAAUUCCUGCCUUCAAAUAUAAAUCCUCAGACAGUUUUUUCUUUUGAUAUGCUAUUGUGUGUUGACAUUCAUUUAGAAACUGAGAAUGCCACACCUUCGACUUAGAAGGAUAUCUGAUCUGGAAACGUGUUAAACUAGAUAGCUUGCAACCGAUAACCUAUAUACAUGAAAAACGAGUGGCUCCAGGGCACGAUGGAUGUAAGCCAAGUGGUUGUCUUGCUAUCUUUAAGUGUAUCUGAGUUUAGAAAAUCCCAUUCACAGGGCUGUUGUGUGUGUGACACACCAAAGGGUGUGUGUCAGCUUGCCGUGGUGUUAGCUUAGAGGUGUGUGUGUGUGUGUGUGUGUGUGUGUGUGUGUGUGUGUGUGUGAGAGAGAGAGGGAACAUUAUACCGGAGGUGUGUACUUUUGCAUUGGAGUGGGCGUUUCUGUAGAAGUCACAGAGCCACUGAACAUGUGCUCAGACACACUUCAGUGGUGUGUUGCUCCAUUCAUUUGAUUCGCUCUCUUUUUCUGUUAAUCAGUUUAUUGCAGAUACUUUUUUCUCUUCACUUCCUUGCAGCUGUCGUUCUAUUUACUCUAGCGAGAACUUUUUUUUCCAUGCAAGGUUUUUUAUAAGGAAUAGAGAGGGACGGUAGGAGGAGCCGGACUAAGAAGUGUACUUCACUCUUUCUCUCACACACACUCUCAUGCGCUCCCUCUCUUCCAUUCUGUCAUUGCCAUCCCAGCAGAAGGGAGCCACAUUGAAUGCUGUGGGGAACAUACUCUGAAUUUUGUUUGAAUCAAGUCUGAGAAAGGACUAUUCAUUCUUCAUGAUACCUGGUGAAUCAACAAGAACAAAAGGGUGAGAAAGAAAGGAGAUAUUGCAACAUUUUUUUUCUCAAUCUUUUUUGUCUCGUUCAAUUGAAACACGUGUUUGCCAGUGUAUUUUUUUCACACAGUAAAACGUGUGGCUUGAGUGGAGGCUUUUUUUCUUUCCACUUAGAGAUAGCGUAGAUAUAAAAAUGGUUGCAGGAAUGCUUAUGCCCCUGCGGGACCUGAGGGCGAUCUAUGAGGUUCUCUUUCGAGAUGGUGUCAUGGUAGCCAAAAAGGACAAGAGACCUCAGACAAAGCAUCCUGAGAUACAAAGAGUGAGCAACCUACAAGUAAUUCGUGCUAUGGGUUCACUUAAGUCCAGGGGCUUUGUAAAGGAGACAUUUGCUUGGAGACAUUUCUACUGGUACCUAACCAAUGACGGUAUUGUUUACCUGCGUGACUUCCUCCGCCUGCCCCUUGAGAUUGUUCCGGCCUCCUUGCAAAGGUUUAGGAAACCAGCUGCCACUCUGGCUAUGGUUCAACGAGCUGCACGGGUCCAAUCUGUUGAAGGUCCAAUAUCUUAUGUGACCAAACCAGGGCCGAGGGGUGAAGCUGAAAGCCAAGAAGCAGUGGCAGAGCGUCAAAGCUACCGCCAUAUGAUGGGUCGCAGAGAAAAGGAGAGCUAUUCUGCUGGGACCCCCAGAUUCAGGGGUCGUCAACUGUCCGCAGAACUUGUCAGGUCUAAGAAAAUGGAAGACCAGUCUCAUUCUCUGUUUACAAAUGGAAACAAUUUCAGAGGUGAAUCCAGGUCAAUGGAGGUCAAAAAUGUGCCUCAUCAGCAGCUUGAUGUCAGCACUGAGAAGGCAGUACCAUCAUCACACAAAAGGAAAGUAACUGAGAUCCAAAAGGAAAAGCUAUCUUUAAAAAAUGAUGUGCCAAAGACUUCUUUGAUAGCAGUAUCCUCCAAAACAGCCCCACAGGUUACUGUGCCUACUGUUGCCGAGGCUACAACAGCAAAGAUUAAACUUGAGCCCUCAACUCUUAAAGCAAAUGCAGACAAGCUCAAGAUUGAAGAAAAUGCUUGUGUAACCAGCAUUUCAACUGUCUCUUCACCUCCUGAAACAGAAGUCAAGGAUGAGUGUAACAAGGAGGCUAUACAUCCAGUUAAAUCUUCCCAGUUAACAGCCAUUGCUGUCCCAGCAACAGAUCAUGUAAAACCAAAAGCUUUGACUGUGCAUGCUUCUGCUAAGGGAACUAGCAGUCUUGUUGCAGAAACCGUCCCAGCCACACCUGUCAUCACCAAAGUCAACAAUCAAAAUGUUAUGGAAAAGAUGCAAAAGCGGAAUGUGGAUGCAGAGCUUGCCAAAGAUGGAAGAGCAACCGAUACAGGAAGAUCCCAAAUGCAAAUGGCAGCUUCUCAGGAAACAUCCAAACUCCUAAUAGGCACUGACAUUCAAGAUGCCACAGAAGAACAGAUCAAGGGAGCAAAGAUUAAACAGGAAUUAGCAAAAUGUACCACUUUAAAAAGCCAUACUGAGUCUAAAACAGGCAAUGAAAAGGCGAAAAAGUCAUCUAAAGUAGUCAUUGUUAAGGAAACAGCCAAAACCGAAAUAGAUCAGUGUGUGACCAAUCCAGUUGUGUCUCUGAAUGUAGCAGAGAUCCCGAAAGUCUCGAAACUCAUUGUGUCAAACGUGAAUCUCCCAGCUAAGUCUAUAAAGAAGGAAAUCUGUGAGAAAGCAUCACUGGCGGCCUCACUAACUGAUGUGAAUGCGACUGUCACAACAGUGAUGGUGAGUACUGAAAAGGCAAAACCAGACCAAGAAGAAAUUGAACAUAAACAAAUGAAAACAGAUGUAAAUGCAACUGCAUGUGUCAACGCAUUGGCACCAGAAGAGGCUGGGAAACUUUCUGAACAAGUUUCAACAUUGGUGCAAAUAGUCACUUCUUCCGAGCUCAGUCAAACCAUCGUGCCCACAGAAGUGCCUAUUGAGAACAAACAAGUGACUGAGGGAAGCUCGAAAUCUAAGCGAAAGAAAAAGAAAUCUCAAGCAGAAAAAAACAAGAAUAUAACUGCUGAGGAGACACCGGACACAAAGUUGGAAGAAAAAAAAGUUAAGACUGGCGACGAAAACCAUAGCAAACCCAGCAUAACACAUGAGGGACCAUCAUCUGCGCAAGUAAAGGCUGAGCCAAAAAUAAAAAAUGAAGGGGAAGUAACUGAUGGUGCUAAAACAGUGGAGAAAACCUCCAAACAAUCAGAAGUUCAAUUUUGCCAUACCACAACAGCCCCCCUAGUGGGUCAACUAGAAGCUGCACCAGUUAAAGAUUUUUUGCCUCAUAUGGACUCUGUGAAAUGUGAGGAAAGAACAACUGCUAAAGUGGAAACAGUGACAGUCCAGAAAGAAAUGGUAGAGGCUGUACCAAAAAUGACUAAACCUGACAAGAAAACCCUUGAACAAACAUCAGAAUCUGGAGGGGAAUUAUCAAGAGGCGGGAAGGUUAAAUUGCAAAUUGGGACUUCCGUGUCUUCGACCAUAAGCACAAACCCUGAAGCGGAAGCACUGAUGUCCACUGACAUGACAGCACUGCCUGUGCACACAGUUAAAGACAGCCCGAGUGUGACCUCUGAACUGAAAAAACGUAAUGUUUCUCCGAAAACGACCCCUGAAAGAAUGUGUAGUGAGGAAACCAGACAGGCUGCAGCUGCGCUCUCUGAGGCCCGAGCAGACAAAGGAGGGGUGGAGCCAGUACUGCCUUUUGCAGAAAAAGCCAAGCAGGAGGUUCCGAAAGCAAAAACAUCCUCCACUGUUAGGGAAGCACCCGAAGCCAAAGAAUUAGUGUCAGCAGAGCCAGUGGUAACAGCAGAGGCAGCUGUAGCUCAGGCACAGGCCAGCCCCCUUGUCAAGCAAGAGGAGCCUCCCAUAGUUGCACAACAUUCAGCCACUCCGGCAGCAGAGCGCAGCACAGAGAAUUCACACUCUGUGUCGGUGGCCUUACAACAGGAGGAAGAGAAGAAGAGGGACUUGGAGGACACACCCUCUGCCACUGCAACACCCGCAAGUUCCCAGCCUCACUUGGGGGACACCUGUUUGUCCACAAGCCCGGAAACAGACGAGGGCAACAUGAAGAGGAAAAUCGUAGUAGUUGAAGAGGUAGUGGAAGUGAAGCAGCUUGUUAGUCCUGGGGCAACUGGGGAGCAGGCACCUCCGCAGCCUGUGCAACCUGAGGCAGAAGAAGAUGAGUUGGACCUGGAUGUUCUGGAAGAAAUUGCCAUUGAGAGGGCACUUUUGUCAGGAGCGGCGGGUGGCAAGGUGCAGGGAGCCUCACCUGAGGCAGACUGGGACCACUCACUGGAGGCACCAGAGGAAAAGACAUGGCCUAACUUCAUAGAAGAUGAACGAGAUCGAGUACAGAAAAAGACCUUCACAAAAUGGGUGAACAAGCACUUGAUUAAGCCCUGGACAGCAGAGGCCCAGCGUCAUGUAUCCGACCUUUAUGAGGACCUUCGAGAUGGACAUAACCUGAUCUCAUUGCUGGAGGUCCUCUCUGGAGAAACACUGCUGAGGGAGAGAAACAUGGUCACAAGGGUUCAGUUGCCCAGAGAGAAAGGCCGCAUGAGAUUCCACAAACUGCAGAAUGUACAAAUAGCACUGGACUUCCUCAAGCACCGGCAGGUCAAAUUGGUUAACAUUAGAAACGAUGACAUUGCAGAUGGGAACCCCAAGCUGACCCUCGGGUUAAUAUGGACCAUCAUCCUCCACUUCCAGGUCUCCUCCGCUAUCUCCGACAUUCAGGUCAAUGGCCAAUCUGAGGACAUGACGGCCAAGGAGAAGCUGCUGCUCUGGUCUCAGAGAAUGACUGAUGGCUACCAAGGCCUUCGCUGUGACAACUUCACCACCAGCUGGAGAGAUGGGAAACUCUUCAACGCUGUCAUACAUAAGCACUAUCCCAGGCUCAUUGACAUGGGCAAAGUGUAUCAACAAAGCAAUCUGCAGAACCUUGAACAGGCCUUCUACGUUGCUGAGAAAGACCUGGGUGUGACACGUCUUCUAGACCCAGAAGAUGUUGAUGUUCCACACCCAGAUGAGAAAUCCAUUAUCACUUACGUUUCGUCGUUGUACGAUGUCAUGCCUCGGGCUGCUGCACAAGACAGCACGAGAGCUAAUGAGUUAGAGCUGCGCUGGCAGGAGUACUAUGAGUUGGUGACUCUUCUGCUCCAGUGGAUCCGCCACCAUGUCAUGGUCUUCGAGGAGAGGAAGUUCCCAGCCAGCUAUGAGGAGACAGAGCUUCUUUGGCGCCAGUUCUUGAAGUUCAAGGAGACAGAGCUACCAGUGAAAGAGUCUGAUAAGAACCGCUCGACACACAUCUACCAGUCCUUUGAGAGUGCAGUACAUGCUGGUCAGGUGAAGGUCCCUCCAGGCUACCAUCCUAUUGAUGUGGAAAAAGAAUGGGGUCGACUCCAUGUGGCUAUCCUGGAGAGAGAGCGACUGCUGAGGACUGAGUUGGAGAGACUUGAGAGACUACAGAGGAUCUUUAGCAAAGUCCAGAUGGAGUCGGGGAGGUAUGAUGAGCACCUCAACCACCUAGAAACCUUGCUGCAGACGGACAUGCGUCUACUGAAUGCUGGCAAACCAGCUCAGCACACAGCAGAAGUCGAGCGUGAGCUGGACAGAGCCGACAAUGUAGUUCGUCUGCUCUUCAACGACGUGCAGACCCUCAAGGAUGGGCGCCAUCCACAGGCUGAACAGAUGUACCGCAGGGUUUACUGCCUUCAUGAGCGCCUGGUCAACUUGCGCAGUGAUUAUAAUCUGCGUCUGAAGACUGCCCAGGUUGCCAUGACCCAAACUACCCUGAAGACUACCAUGAAGGCACGGCCUGAGCUGGAUGACGUGACCUUGCGCUAUGUCCAAGAUCUUCUGGCCUGGGUGGAGGAGAACCAGCAGCGUAUCGAUGAAGGUGAAUGGGGAUCCGACCUGCCUUCUGUAGAAUCACAGCUGGGCAGCCACAGAGGCCUGCAUCAGACAGUGGAGGACUUCAGGUCAAAGAUUGAACGUGCAAAGGCUGAUGAGAGUCAGUUAUCCCCUGGAAGCAAAGGCACUUACAGAGAAUACCUGGGUAAACUGGACCUUCAUUAUGGCAAACUACUGAAUUCCUCAAAGUCCCGUUUAAGAAACUUGGAUUCACUGCAUGCAUUUGUCAGCGCAGCCACCAAGGAGCUCAUGUGGUUGAACGACAAAGAGGAGGAGGAAGUCAACUUUGACUGGAGUGAUAGGAACAGCAACAUUACCGCCAAGAAAGACAACUACUCGGCUCUCAUGCGGGAGUUGGAGCAGAGGGAGAAAAAAGUAAAUGACAUUCAGACUACAGGAGACAAACUUGUCAACAAUGGCCAUCCUGGCAAGAAGACGGUGGAGGCCUUCACAGCCGCCCUGCAGACACAGUGGAGCUGGAUCCUGCAGCUGUGCUGCUGUAUUGAGGCUCAUCUUAAAGAGAACACAGCUUACUAUCAGUUCUUUGCUGAUGUAAAAGAAGCCCAGGACAAGAUGAAGAAAUUGAAAGAGACCAUGAACAAGAAAUACAGUUGUGAUCGCUCCACCACAGCCACACGGCUGGAGGAUCUGCUGCAGGAUGUUGUGGAGGAGAGAGAACAGCUGAAUGAAUUCAAAACUCAUGUGAACGGCCUGAACAAGAGAGCUCGCUCCAUCAUCCAGCUGAAACCACGCAACCCUACCACUUCCAUCAAAGGCAAACUCCCCAUUCAAGCUGUCUGUGACUUCAAACAACAAGAGAUCACUGUUCAUAAAGGGGAUGAGUGUGCACUCCUCAACAAUUCCCAGCCUUUCAAAUGGAAGGUGCUGAGUCGCUCUGGGCACGAGGCAGCUGUGCCCUCUGUUUGCUUCUUGGUACCUCCCAUCAACAAGGACGCAAUGGACAGUGUGUCCAGUCUGGAUACAGAUCAUCAGAAGAUGGUGUCCAUGUGGCAGAUGUUGUAUAUCAACAUGAAGAGUCUGCUGUCUUGGCAAUACCUGAUGAGGGACUUUGCACAGAUUCGCUCCUGGAAUAUUACUACGUUAAAAUCAAUGAAACCAGAUGAAUAUAGACAAAUGAUGAGGAACCUGGAACUCCACUACCAGGACUACAUGCGUGACAGCAAGGACUCUCAGCUCUUUGGACCUGAUGACCGUGUACAAGUGCAGGACGACUACACUAAAUGCACCCAGCACUUUGACAGCCUACUUCGCUCCAUGGAGAAAGGACGAAUGGUUGUUAAGAUCAAAGGUCAACAAAAUGAGUCUCUUUGUAAGAACUACAUCACUGAUCUCAAGGACCUGCGACUGCGAAUUGAGGACUGUGAGGCCCAGACUGUGGCCCGCAUACGCAAACCAGUGGAAAAGGAACCACUGAAAGAAUGUGUUCAGAAGACAGUAGACCAGAAGAAAGUGCAGGUGGAGCUUGAUGGCCUCAAGAAGGACCUUGAUAAGGUGUCUGUGAGGGCACAAGACAUCUUGAAAUCCCCACAGGAGUCUGCUUCUACUCCUGUGUUGCGUUCUGAGCUUGACCUUACGGUGCAGAAAAUGGAUCAAACGCACAUGCUCUCCUCCAUUUAUCUCGAGAAGCUGAAGACUGUGGAAAUGGUCAUCCGUAAUACUCAGGGUGCAGAAGGUGUCCUUAAGCAGUAUGAGGAUUGCCUGCGUGAAGUCCACGCUGUGCCCAGUGACGUCCAGGCAGUCGAUACAUACCGUGCAAAGCUUAAGAAAAUGAGAGCCGAGGCAGAGGCUGAACAGCCUGUGUUUGAUUCCCUUGAAGAAGAACUCAAGAAAGCUUCUGGUGUGAGCGACAAGAUGAGUCGUGUGCACAGUGAGCGCGAUGCUGAGCUGGACCACUACCACCAGCUCCAGUCUAGUGUUCAGGACCGGUGGAAGGCCGUGUUCACGCAGAUUGACCUCCGCCAGAGGGAGCUGGAGCAGCUCGGCCGCCAGCUGGGUUACUACCGGGAGAGUUAUGAUUGGCUCAUCACCUGGAUAGCUGACGCCAAGCAAAGACAAGAAAGGAUCCAGACUGUGCCCAUCACUGACAGCAAAACACUUAAGGAGCAACUGGCACUGGAGAAGAAAUUACUGGAGGAGAUUGAGAAGAACAAAGGCAAAGUUGAUGAGUGUCAGAAAUAUGCCAAAGCAUACAUCGAUACAAUCAAGGACUAUGAACUCCAGUUGGUUGCCUAUAAAGCACAAGUGGAGCCCCUUGCUUCUCCUCUGAAGAAAAGCAAACUGGAUUCUGCAUCUGAUAACAUUAUUCAGGAGUAUGUAACACUGAGGACCCGCUACAGUGAGCUGAUGACACUGACUAGUCAAUACAUCAAGUUCAUCACAGAUGCACAGCAGCGCCUGGAGAAUGAGGAGAAAACUGCAGAGAAACUCAAAGCAGAAGAACAGAAAAAAAUGGCUGAGAUGCAGGCUGAGUUAGACAAACAGAAGCAGAUAGCUGAAGCUCAUGCAAAGGCCAUUGCCAAGGCAGAAAAAGAGGCGCAAGAGUUGAAGCUUAAAAUGCAGGAAGAAGUUAGCAGGAGAGAAAUUGCUGCUGUAGACGCAGAAAAGCAAAAGCACAAUAUCCAGCUGGAACUCCAUGAGCUCAAAAACCUUUCAGAGCAGCAGAUCAAAGACAAAAGUCAACAAGUGGAUGAUGCUCUUCAAAGCCGAACAAAGAUUGAAGAGGAAAUCCGCCUCAUUAGGAUUCAACUUGAGACAACAGUAAAACAAAAAUCUACCGCAGAAUCUGAGCUAAAGCAACUUCGCGACAGAGCAGCUGAAGCUGAGAAACUUAGGAAGGCUGCCCAAGAAGAAGCUGAAAAGCUUCGCAAACAAGUCCAUGAAGAGAGCCAAAAAAAACGCAUGGCUGAGGAGGAACUCAAAUUCAAAUCUGAGGCAGAGAAGGAAGCUGCGCGUCAAAAGCAAAAAGCACUGGAUGACCUUGAAAUGUUUAAGAUGCAGGCAGAGGAGGCGGAAAGACAAGUGAAGCAAGCUGAGAUUGAAAAGGAAAGACAAAUCAAGGUUGCUCAUGUGGCAGCCCAAAAGAGUGCUGCCGCUGAGCUCCACAGCAAGCACACUUCCUUUGUGGAAAAGACCUCAAAGCUGGAAGAAUCCCUUAAACAAGAGCAUGGCGCUGUCCUUCAAUUGCAACAAGAAGCUGCACGUCUGAAGAAACAACACGAAGAUGCAGAAUUGGCUAGGGAAGAUGCAGAAAAAGAACUUGAGAAAUGGAGGCAAAAGGCUAACGAGGCCCUCCGUCUCAGGCUCCAGGCUGAGGAAGAAGCUCACAAAAAGAACCUUGCACAAGAAGAAGCUGAAAAACAAAAGGAGGAGGCGGAGCGGGAGGCUAGAAAGAGAUCCAAAGCUGAAGAGUCAGCCUUGAAGCAGCGAGACAUGGCAGAAAAAGAACUUGAGAGGCAGAGAAAAAUGGCUGAGAGCACUGCUGAGCAGAAACUUGCUGCAGAACAGGAACUGAUUCGCCUCAGGGCAGACUUUGACAAUGCAGAACAGCAGAGGUCCCUGCUAGAAGAUGAACUUUACCGUCUCAAGAAUGAAGUCAUUGCAGCUCAACAACAAAGAAAACAGCUAGAGGAUGAACUAACCAAGGUGAGAAGUGAAAUGGAUCUACUGAUUCAGCUGAAGUCCAAGGCAGAAAAAGAGACCAUGUCCAACACCGAAAAGAGCAAACAGCUUCUUGAGGCGGAGGCUGCCAAGAUGAGGGACCUAGCUGAGGAGGCAAGCAAGCUAAGAGGCAUCGCAGAGGAGGCUAAGCAUCAACGCCAAGUUGCUGAGGAAGAGGCAGCUCGUCAGAGAGCAGAAGCUGAGAGGAUCCUCAAAGAGAAGCUUGCAGCUAUAAGCGAAGCCACCCGUUUAAAAACUGAAGCUGAAAUUGCUCUGAAAGAGAAAGAAGCAGAAAAUGAGAGACUGCGGAGACAAGCUGAAGAUGAGGCUUACCAGAGGAAGGCAUUGGAAGACCAAGCCAACCAACACAAGCUAGCUAUUGAGGAGAAGAUCCUCCAACUAAAAAAAUCAUCUGAGGAUGAAAUGGAAAGGCAAAAGGCUAUAGUGGAUGACACGCUCAAACAGAGGCGAGUUGUUGAAGAAGAGAUCAGAAUCCUUAAGCUCAACUUUGAGAAAGCUUCCUCUGGAAAACUAGAUCUGGAACUCGAACUGAACAAGCUUAAAAAUAUUGCAGAGGAAACUCAACAAAGCAGACUCAGAGCAGAGGAGGAAGCUGAAAAGCUGCGAAAGCUCGCCCUUGAGGAGGAGAAAAAGAGGAGGGAAGCCGAGGAAAAAGUCAAGAAGAUCACCGCUGCAGAGGAAGAUGCAGCUCGUCAACGCAAGGCCGCUCAGGAAGAACUUGAGCGUUUGAAAAGGAAGGCGGACGAAGCCAGGAAGCAGAAAGAAGAGGCCGACAAAGAAGCAGAAAAACAGGUUGCGGCAGCCCAACAAGCAGCCCUGAAAUGCAGUGCAGCUGAACAGCAAGCCCAAAGUGUUCUAGCUCAACAGAAGGAGGACAGCAUCAUGCAGAAGAAGCUUAAGGAAGAGUAUGAGAAAGCCAAGAUGCUUGCAAAACAGGCUGAGGCUGCAAAGGAGAAGGCAGAACGGGAAGCAGCACUCCUCCGUCAGCAAGCAGAGGAAGCAGAGCGCCAGAAAGUGGCUGCUGAGUUAGAAGCCACGAAUCAAGCCAAAGCCCAAGAGGAUGCUGAGAGGCUUCGGAAGGAGGCUGAAUUUGAAGCUGCUAAACUUGCCCAAGCUGAAGCAGCAGCACUGAAACAGAAGCAACAAGCUGAUGCUGAAAUGGCAAAACACAAAAAACUGGCAGAGCAAACCCUGAAACAAAAGUUCCAAGUAGAACAAGAGCUCACGAAGGUUAAACUUAAGCUUAGCGAGACUGAUAAUCAAAAAUCUCUGCUUGACGAAGAGCUCCAUCGUUUGAAGGAUGAGGUUGAAGAUGCUGUCAAACAAAAGGCACAGGUAGAAGAUGAACUGUUCAAAGUAAAAGUUCAAAUGGAAGAGCUGCUCAAGCUUAAAAUGAGAAUUGAGGAGGAAAAUCAGCGCCUCAUUAAAAGAGACAAAGAUAACACUCAAAAAUUCCUUGCAGAGGAAGCUGAAAAUAUGAAAAAGCUCGCUGAAGAUGCUGCAAGACUAAGUGUCGAAGCCCAAGAGGCCGCUCGCUUGAGACAGAUUGCUGAAGAUGACUUGAGUCAGCAACGCGCUCUUGCAGACAAAAUGCUGAAAGAGAAAAUGCAGGCCAUACAGGAAGCAUCCAAAUUUAGAGCUGAGGCAGAACUGCUUCAAAGGCAGAAGGUGUUGGCUGAAGAGCAAACACAAAAGCUGCUUGAGGACAAACAACUCAUGCAACAGCGUCUGGACGAGGAAACUGAGGAAUACCAGAAGUCACUUGAAGCAGAAAGAAAACGGCAACUUGAGAUCGUAGCAGAAGCCGAAAAACUUAAACUCCAAGUUUCUCAGCUCAGUGAAGCCCAGGCCAAAGCCGAAGAAGAGGCUAAGAAAUUCAAGAAACAAGCGGAUGCAAUUGCAUCCCGUCUUCAUGAGACUGAAAUUGCCACCAAAGGAAAAAUGACUACUGUUGAAAAACUGGAAGUUGAAAGACUGAAUACCACUAAAGAGGCAGAUGACUUACGCAGGUCUAUCGCAGAGCUCGAGAACGAGAAGGCUAGACUGAAAAAAGAGGCUGAAGAACUUCAAAAUAUGUCUAAAGAGAUGGCUGAUGCACAGCAGAAACAAAUUGAGCAUGAGAAGACAUUGCUCCAACAAACAUUCCUUACAGAAAAAGAAAUGCUGUUGAAGAAGGAGAAGCUCAUUGAAGAUGAGAAAAAGAGACUGGAGAGCCAGUUUGAAGAGGAAGUCAAAAAGGCCCAAGCUUUCAAAGAUGAACAGGAACGCCAGAGACUGCAGAUGGAGGAAGAGAAGAAGAAACUGCAGGCUACCAUGGAUGCAGCUCUUAAUAAACAGAAAGAGGCUGAAAAAGAGAUGCUUAACAAGCAAAAAGAAAUGCAGGAACUGGAAAAGAAAAGAUUAGAGCAAGAAAGACUCCUUGAAGAAGAGAACCAAAAACUGCGAGACAAACUGCAGCAGAUGGAGACAGCAAACGUGCCAAUCACUGCAGUGGACAAUGUUCUUAAUGGACAAAGUCCCACUGACACAGUAGACAGCAUUGUGAAGAAAGCAGAUCCUUUAUCUUUUGAUGGUAUUCGUGAAAAGGUCCCAGCAAUCAGACUUCAAGACUUAGGUCUUUUAUCAAAGAAAGAUUUUGAUAGGCUUCAAAAUGGUAAAACUACAGUUCAAGAACUUGGUGAGACAGAACAUCUCAAAACUAUUCUCAAAGGAAAGAACAGUAUCGCUGGUAUUUUGACACCAUCUAAUACAAUAACAUCCAUUUACCAAGCAUCCAAAGAGAAGAUCAUUACUCCAGGCACAGCCAUGAUACUUCUUGAAGCUCAGGCAGCAACUGGUUACAUGCUAGAUCCCAUUAAGAAUCAGAAAUAUUCUGUUAAUGAGGCUGUCAAGGAAGGCUUGAUUGGCCCAGAGCUGCAUAAUAAAAUGCUUUUAGCUGAGAGGGCAGUUAUUGGUUACAAAGACCCGUAUACUGGUGGCAAGAUAUCUGUCUUUGAAGCUAUGAAGAAGGGUCUGAUAGAACAUGAUCAUGCCAUCAGAGUGCUUGAGGCUCAACUUGCAACUGGGGGCAUUAUUGACCCUGUCAAUAGUCAUCAUGUACCAAAUGAAGUCGCCUAUAAACAGGGUCUUUAUGAUGUGGAAAUGAACAAGUGUAUGGAAAACCCCUCAGAUGAUGCAAAGGGUUACUUUGAUCCCAGCACCCAGGAACCAUUGACAUAUUCUGAAUUAAUGAUGCGAUGUUCCACCGACCCUGACACUAGCAUGCUGCUUUUGCCAAUCACAGAUAAAGCUGCUCAGUGCUCCAGCAUAUACACCGAGGAAGAGACCAAGGAUGUGUUCAGCAAAACAACAGUAUCUGUUCCAUUUGGAAGAUUCAAGGGAAAGACUGUGACCAUUUGGGAAAUAAUCAAUUCUGAGUACUUCACCGAAGACCAAAAGAAAGACCUUCUGCGUCAGUACAAGACAGGGAAGAUCACAAUAGAAAAAAUAAUCAGGAUUGUAAUCACUGUGGCAGAAGAGAAAGAGAAGAAGAACGAAAUUAACUUCAGUGGACUUCGAGCACCUGUUCCUGCCUCUGAGCUCCUUGAAUCCAAAAUUAUUGAUAAAGACCUGUACAACAAAUUGCAAAAGGGUAAUAAGACUAUCAAAGAGGUCUCUGAAAUGGCACCUGUCCACAAAGCUCUGAAGGGCACAAAUUGUAUUGCAGGUGUAGUGACUGAGUCAUCAAAAGAGACAAUGUCUUUUUAUAAGGCCAUGAAGAAGGACAUCAUGAGAGCUGGCCCUGCCUUGAAUAUGCUUGAAGCUCAAGCAGGAACAGGCUAUGUGGUUGACCCUUUGGAAAAUCAGAAGUACACUGUUGAUGAAGCCGUAAAAGCCGGUGUUGUUGGCCCUGAAUUGCAUGAAAAGCUCUUAAGUGCAGAGAGAGCAGUUACAGGUUACAAAGACCCUUAUACUGGAAAGACAGUGUCGCUGUUUCAAGCAAUGAAAAAAGAUCUCAUCCCUAAAGAGCAAGGGAUUAGACUGCUUGAUGCACAAAUGACAACUGGUGGCAUCAUUGAUCCGGUCAAGAGCCAUCGCAUUCCACAUGAUGUUGCCUGCAAAAGAAAAUAUUUUGAUGAUGAAAUGAAGCAGAUUCUAAACCAACCAACUGAUGAAAUUAAGUGUUUCUUUGACCCCAACACGAAGGAAAAAGUCACAUAUUCGCAGCUCUUCCAGAGAUGUGUAACUGAUGAGCGAACUGGUCUCCAGCUCCUGUUGCUCACAGAUGAAGCAAUUAAUGCAAAGGAAGAGCCAACACUUACUGAAGCCCAGACAAAAGAAGUUAUGACUCAGGCAACUGUUGAGCUUGAAUCCGGACCAUUCAAGGGCAGGAAGAUGACCAUUUGGGAUCUUAUCAAUUCUGGAUAUCUAACUGAUGAACAGAGACGUGACCUCCUUAGACAAUUUAGAUCAGGAAAGAUAACUAUUGAAAAGAUAAUUAAGAUUGUCAUCACAAUUAUAGAUGAACAGGAGGCAAAGAAACAAGAGCAGUUAAGCUUCCAGGGUCUCAGAUCACCUGUUCCUGCAGGUUCUCUGUAUGAUUCCAAAAUAAUUGACAAGCCAACAUUUGUUCUUCUUCAACAAGAGAAAACAACACCUAAACAAGUCAGAGAGAAUCCAAAUGUCAACAAAUACCUCCAUGGAUCAGACGCCAUUUCUGGCAUCUUUUUAGAGCCCACUAAAGAGAAAACAAGCAUAUAUCAGGCCAUGAAGAAAAAUCUCAUCAGACACAACACCGGCCUUGCUCUUCUAGAGGCUCAGGCUGCGACAGGGUUCAUUGUAGAUCCAGUUAAAAAGCAGUUUUUGACAGUAGAUGAAGCUGUAAAAUCAGGGCUUGUUGGCCCUGAGCUACAUGAAAAACUACUCUCUGCAGAAAAAGCUGUCACAGGCUAUAAAGAUCCAUUUACAGGCAACAAAAUUUCUCUCUUUGAAGCUAUGCAAAAAGAUCUCAUUUUGAAAGAGCAAGCUAUGCCAUUCUUAGAGGCACAAAUGGUCACUGGAGGAAUAAUUGACCCUGUUAACAGCCAUCGUGUCCCAAUGGAUGUUGCAUUUGAGAAGAACAUUUUCAGUGAGGAAGUGGCCAACACUCUAUCUCAGCCAUCUGAUGACAACAAGGUUUUUACAGACCCAGAAACUGAUGAAAAUGUUACAUAUAGACAGCUUAAAGACAAGUGUAAAAGGGAUCCAGAGACAGGCCUGUGCAUCCUCCCAAUCUCAAAACCUCAGUCUCCUACAGUUGUAGAGAAGACAUACCUGUACACUGAGGAGCAAACACAAAGUGACCUGACCAACACACAAAUUGACCUUCCCAUUGAGGGCCUUGCUGAUAAACCUAUGAGCCUCUGGGAUGUCAUGAACUCAAAUUUGAUUCCAGAGCAGCAGAGGCAGAAGCUUAUGGAUGAAUAUCGUUCUGGAAACAUCACCAAAGAGCGAAUGAUAAUAAUUAUUAUUGAGAUCAUGGAACAGAGAGAAAUCAUCCGCAAUGAGCAUCCUCUGUCAUGUAAGACAAUGCGGAGACAAGUUACUAUCGAGGAGCUGUACAGUGCCCGCAUCAUUGAUUUGGAGACAUACAACCUUCUUAAACAAGGGAAAAGAGAUAUUCGUGACAUAAUGGAGUUGACUAGUGUGAAACAGUAUUUAUAUGGCACGGGCUGUGUUGCUGGGGUCACAACUGACUCAUGCUCCAAGAUUAGCAUAUACCAAGCAAUGAAGAGAGGAUUCCUUCAACCUGAGAUCGCUCUCAACCUCUUGGAAGCCCAGGCAGCAACAGGAUACAUUGUUGAUCCUGUCAAAAAUGAGAGACUCACGGUUAAUGAAGCUGUUCGUAACGGUGUUGUUGGCCCUGAGAUCCAUGAUAAACUACUUUCUGCUGAGAGAGCAGUUACAGGAUACAAAGAUCCAUACAGUGGAAAAGUCAUAUCUCUUUUCCAGGCAAUGAAAAAAGAUCUUGUUCCAGAGGAUUAUGCUAUGGCAAUGUUAGAGGCACAGUCUGCCACUGGAGGCAUUAUUGAUCCAGAAUUCCAAUUCCAUCUACCAGCAGACAUUGCGAUGCAAAGAGGUUAUAUCAGCAAGGAGACCAAUGAGAGACUAACAGAUGACGUUAAAGGAUUCACUGACCCUGUCACGGAUGAACACCUGUCAUAUGCCCAGCUACUGAAGAGAUGUAAAUUAGAAGGCGGAUUACGUCUUCUCUGUCUGGGAGACAAAAGGCUCAUGUUCAAGGGUCUGAGAAAACAAAUCACAAUGGAAGAGUUGCUCCUUUCACAAAUUAUUGACCAGAAAACUGCUACUGAACUGAAUGAGGGUCUGAUUUCAGUGGAAGAGGUGAGCAGUAGGUUAUCAAAGUAUCUCGAGGGCACAAGCUGUAUUGCUGGUGUAUACAUAGAAAACACCAAGGAACGUCUGUCAAUCUACCAAGCCAUGAAGAAGAACAUGAUCAGACCAGGCACUGCCUUUGAACUUCUUGAGGCCCAGGCAGCCACUGGAUAUGUAAUUGACCCAAUCAAAAACCUCAAGCUGACUGUCAAUGAAGCAGUGAAAAUGGGAAUUGUAGGGCCAGAAUUUAAAGACAAGCUUCUUUCUGCUGAGCGUGCAGUGACAGGCUAUAGGGAUCCAUAUUCAGGCAAGACAAUAUCCCUUUUCCAGGCCAUGAAAAAGGGCCUAAUCCUCAAAGAUCAUGGAAUCCGCCUCCUGGAGGCUCAGAUAGCCACUGGUGGAAUUAUUGACCCAGAGGAAAGUCACCGUUUGCCAGUUGAGAUGGCCUAUGAACGUGGCUUCUUUGAUGAGGAAAUGAAUGAAAUACUGACAGAUCCAUCUGAUGACACCAAAGGCUUCUUUGAUCCCAACACUGAAGAAAACUUAACCUACCUGCAACUCAUGGAGAGGUGCAUUACUGAUCCUGAAACUGGACUGGUUCUCCUUCUACUUAAAGAAAAGAAACGGGAGAGAAAGACGUCGUCCACAUCCUCAAUUCGAAAACGCAGAAUUGUUAUAGUAGACCCAGAGACAGGCAAAGAAAUGACUGUGUAUGAGGCCUAUAGGAAGGGACUCAUUGAUCACCAGACCUACUUGGAGCUUGCUCAACAAGAAUGCGAAUGGGAAGAAAUCACAAUGAGAUCUUCCGAUGGUACAGUCAAAUCCAUUAUUAUUGACAGGAAGUCAGGGAGACAGUAUGAUGUUGAUGAUGCUCUUGCACGUGGCCUCAUUGACCAGAAUUGUCUUGAAUCAUAUCGAGCUGGAAACCUGUCCAUCACAGAGUUUGCAGACAUGCUUUCUGGAAACAUGGGAGGCUUCCGGUCUCGAUCAUCUUCCUUUGGUUCCACCACUUGUUCUGACUUGUCUUCUUCAAUGAGCCCCAUUCCUUCCAUAAAAGCACCUGCAGUCAUAUGGAAUGACCCAACAGAGGAGACUGGCCCUAUUGCCGGGAUACUGGAUAUAGACACAUUGGAGAAGGUAUCAAUCACUGAGGCCAUGCGCAGAAACUUGGUAGACAAUAUCACUGGCCAAAGAUUGUUAGAGGCACAAGCCUGUACUGGAGGAAUAAUUGACCCUUUAAGUGGGGAGAGAUUCUCAGUCACUGACGCAGCAGAAAAAGGUCUUGUGGACAAAAUCAUGGUUGACCGUCUUAAUCUGGCUCAAAAAGCAUUUAAUGGAUUUGAAGACCCCAGAAGUAAAGUAAGGAUGUCUGCCUCGCAAGCUUUAAAGAAGGGCUGGUUGUAUUAUGAGGCUGGGCAGCGUUUCCUUGAGGUACAAUAUCUGACUGGUGGACUUGUUGAGCCUGAUGUCGAGGGAAGAGUCUCACUGGAUGACUCAAUUAAGAAGGGCACUAUCGAUGCCCGCACAGCACAAAAACUAAGAGAUGUCAGUACCUAUUCAAGAUAUCUAACAUGUCCAAAAACGAAACUCAAAAUAUCAUUUAAAGAUGCCAUGGACAGAAGCAUGAUUGAAGAAGGGUCGAGUCUCAGGCUUCUGGAGGCCUCCUCACAGUCCAGCAAAGGCCUCUACAGUCCCUACAAUGUCAGUGGCUCUGGAUCUGCUUAUGGUUCACGGUCAGGUUCAAGGACAGGAUCCCGAUCAGGAUCUAGGAGAGGCAGUUUUGAUGCAGGCUCUGGUUUCAGUGUGAACUACUCAUCCUCUUCCUUCACGUCAUCCUCAACCGGCUACAGCCGCAGAUUUUAAUUGACAACAUGUAUUUCUAACAGCCUUAUUCUUUUCCGACUUUAGACCCAAUACCAAUACAUUUAUUUUACGAAAGGAAAAUUUCAAUGACAAAGAAAUUAUGAUUUAUUUAUUUUUUACCAGCAUGUGGUCAAAUCAAGCCUUACCUUUGUUAUUCAUUUUGGUCUUCCACAAGAAUGUCUAAAGGAUAUUCCUGUAUGGAUGUAACAAAACAUUGCUAGACAUAUUCAUCUUUUAUAGUAUAAAUUAACAAGUCAUGAUAGAGUAUAUUCAAGCAUGACAUUUCUGCUCUUUUAAAACAGCUUCGUCACUUAUUUUUUGCCUUUUUUAAACAAAAAAAGUUGUAUUGUUUUCUGAACUAAUAUAUGCUGUUUGUAUGUCAAACUGAAAUAUUUUUUUCAGUAUUCCUUGUUUUUUUCAAUUCAAUACUGUGUGUUUAUUUUGUUAUCUACUUCUUAUCUACUUCCUAAUAACAUGCAUAGUUCAAAUGUUUUAUGACAAAUAGACGUAUCUAAUGCCUUAAAAUGUAUAAUUGGAAUGUAUUUGCAGUAUCAAACUGACUAAAAAUGAAACAGCACAAGCAUACAACACUGAAUUAAAGUUAUGCAACAACAAA